AUGUCGACCAUCACCGAGAUCACGAGCGUGCCCGACUGGGAGAAGCACCUCGCCUCCCUCGCACCGACCACCCUCCUCAUCAUUUCCUUCCACGCGCCCUGGGCCGCGCCCUGCGCCCAGAUGGCCACCGUCCUGUCGACCCUCGCCGCAGACUACCCCGUCACGAGCCCACCACAGACCUCCUGGGUCUCCAUAAACGCAGAGGAGCUCAGCGACCUCAGCGAAACCUACGACGUCACCGCCGUGCCCUUCCUCGUCCUCAUCCGUAACGGUCAGGUCGUUGAGACGGUCAGCGGCAGCAGCGCCGUCAAGGUGCGCACGGCCAUCGAGACGCACGCGAAGAACACGGGUGCCGCCGCCGGCGCCCCGGCCACAGUCAACGGCAACGAGGGCGUCGCCGCCGAUGGCGUUGCCGCCAAGCCCGACGAGCCUGUCGACCCGGAGAAGGCCAAGGAGGAGCUGUUCAAGCGGCUGGCGGACCUCGUCAAGGCGGCGCCCGUCAUGCUCUUCAUGAAGGGCACCCCCAAUUCGCCGCAGUGCGGCUUCUCGAGGCAGCUCGUGGCCAUUUUGCGCGAAAACUUUGUCAAGUUUGGCUUCUUCAACAUCCUGGCGGACGACGAGGUGCGGCAGGGUCUCAAGGAGUACGCCGACUGGCCCACUUUCCCCCAGCUUUGGGUUGAUGGUGAGCUCGUGGGUGGACUGGAUAUCGUCAAGGAGGAGCUCGAGAACGAUGCCGACUUUUUUGCAGCGUACAGCGUCAAGACGGAGGGAGAGGCAACGGCAUAG